GAGGGUAGAGCACGCUCCACUCCCUACUCCCGCGGCAGGCGAGAUGUUUUCAUUCUCAACUUAACAGGGUCGCGAGAGCAGCACGCGGACAGAAUACAGGAGGCAGAAGACACGAGGAAGGAAAAGUCCAGCGUCCAGUGAUUUAGUUCGUCGCUUUCAAUUUGGCGUUGUCUUCCUCGCUGCGCGUGAAAUGUCAGUCCGUCAGGCCGGUUUGGUGCUGCUCUGCGCGGCGCUGGCGGUGACUCGUGCUCGCAGGAGCUCACCGGAGCUGGAGGAUGUUGAGGAGAAAGUCAGCAGCGCCAGAUGCACGUCCAGGUGCCUCACUCUGCACAUGACCCAGCUAACCGCUGCUUUCAGGCACCUCCAGAGUGACCAGGUGCUGGUUUGGUGUGAGAACCACAGACGCUGCGCUCAGUGCCUCCAACCAUGCAAAGAAUUGUGGGAAACCAGGAAGGUCCUGUCUCCAAAGUCCUGUGAGAAGCAGACGGAGUGUGUGACGAGCAGGGAGUUUCUGACCUCCCUGAGGUCGUCUCGUCAGGGAGACUGCCCUUUGCCUCAGCGAGCCACGGGAUUCGCUGCAGCCUGCGUGGAGAGUUGCUCGUCGGACCAGCACUGUCCGUCCCCCAGGAAGUGCUGCUCCAAUGGAUGUGGACACACUUGCCAAGCCCCAGCCAAUCUAUAUAAAGGUGUUCCUCUGAAGCCUCGCAGAGAGAUGAGCUUCGUGGAGGACUCAGAGGGUCACGUGAAGGUGAUGUGGGUGUCAAAGUUCAAUGUCAGCGUGGAGCCGGUUGUUUACAUCCUCCAGUCCCGCUGGAACGCCGGCAUACACCCCAGCGAAGACCAUGCCUCUCAGUGGGCUACUGUUGCCAUGACCCUCUCUGAAGACGCCGUGCUGUCAGAUCUGAGACCUCAGCGUUGGUAUCAGUUCAGAGUAGCCGCCAUCAACAGCCACGGCAGCAGAGGUUUCACCACUCCCAGCAAACACUACAUCUCAAGCAAAGACCCUUCGCCUCCGGAGCAACCAACAAACAUCAGAGUGAGCAAUCAGACUCUAGAUUGGACAGGUUCCCAAUCAGCGUUCCAGUUCGCAGAGAGGUCGAGCGGAAGAGGGGUCACAGUUUCCGUCUUAUUACAGUGGGACCCCCCCAAAGAGGGAGACCUGCCUGUCCACAACUAUCGAAUCACCUGGGUGACUCGACAGACACAGGCGGCGCACAAACACACAGUGCACAACAACAUGCACACACGACCUACACACUCACGCACAACAGACCUGGGUAAAAAGGAGAGCAACAGCAGAGUGACUCAGGGGGCGCAGUGUGAGCUGUGGCUUCAGGGCCUGCUGCCGGCUACUUCCUACUUCCUGUCUGUCCAGACGGUGGCCUACUGGGGUCAGAAGAGGCUGAAGAGUCCUAAAGCCCAAUUCGUUUUAUCGACUAUCACCCAUACAGGUGAAGACUUCUCCAACGAGCUCCCCUCUUCUUCUUCCUCCUCCUCCUCCUCCUCUUCCUCCUCCUCCCCAUUAUCUCCUUCCCAAUCCUCAUCGGCCUCGGCUUCUUCCCCUGACCUCCCCGCCGCCUCCUCCUCUCUGCCUCACCCCGAAUCCCCCCCGAACCCUGUCAACCCUGGAAACCUGCGGCUGGAGGCCGCUGCGCCUCAUUACCAUGACAACCAGCUGCAGGUGAAGGUGUUCUGGAAGUGGGCUUACCAGGCCAGACAGAGACAUCCUGGUCCGUACACUCUGAGGUGGCGUCCAUACACUUGCAGUUCUAAUGCUACAAGCACAGAGAGAACCGCAACAGUGCAGGGCACUCAUCACACCAUUACGGGCUUGCUGUUUGCCUGCAAGUACCGGGUCGCCGUGGCAAUGAAGGCUGACCCUGGGUCAGAGGCUGUUGCCUGGGUUACGACCCCGACUUGCUCCUCCAUCAGGGUCAGAGGAGGCAAAGCUUUGCCCUGCAACACUGAGGAGCGCCUCCUGGCAGGCAGAAAGGUGGUACUGCGUCCAGAACGACUAACUGCAGACUUUGAACAAGUCAAUGGCACGUUGCUGACUACGUUUCGCUGGAGGAUGUCCCAGCAUGCCUUGGACCCGGCGGCUGUCGCUGGGUUCCAGUUCACCUGGACGCUGCAGUCUGACCUUACCAAGACAACAGACGCACAAGAGGAGACGCUCAUCUCCCAGACGCAGACAAUCGCACCGUCCCAGAGGUCAGUGACAGUUCACCGUCUCCAGCCUGACAGUGUUUACCAGCUGCAGCUCCAGCUGUUAACAGCAGGGGGCAGCGGUGCGGCGGCCGUCUCCAAGACCAUACACACUCCAGCUAUUGACAAGCCACUUCGAUAGACCCUCAUCACCAAAACCUGCCACUGUCUGCUGCACCACGGUCAUCUCUACCAGUCUAACAUCCACUUUUCUACUCUCUUCUACUAUGUUGCAUGGUUUCAUUGCAGUUCAAGUGCAAAAAAAAAAAAUGUAGAAUAAAGAGAGCUCCUCCCUGUGAAGUAGAUUGUGCUCAUACGAAAUUGAUUGUGUUAUUUUUGUCCCUUGGAAUUGAUUUCCAACUACGACUUACUCUGAUGGAAAGAGGGUAACAGCCUUAGUCAAGAUGGAAAGUUAACUCUACAUGCACAUGGUUCCGGUUUAAGGAGUAGGCUACUGGAGUAUUGGCAAUGAAAAUCACAUCCCUGUGUUUCCUUAAAAUCUCAUCAUUUCCCAACUUGUACCUGUAUGUGAAAAAUGAGAGUUCUUGCAUGACUGCAUCUGUACAUGUCUAGUAGUUGAGUCUAAUCACCUUAAAUCAUUUGAGCCAAAUGACACUUGUAAAGAGACUUUAUAUGCCUGUUGUUUUUUUUGAUAAAGCUAGUAGAGAAUAAUAUAGCACUGACCUUAUGUACAAAUAGUAAUGUAUAACAACAGACUGACUGCGUUCAUUUCAAUCUACUGCGUUAUCUUUGAAGUGAGUGGGUGUGACUAGAAGUCUUGAUGUAAGCUCAAAUAUUUUUGUAUUUUUUUAAUAUUUUGUCCAUAUGUUUAAAACCCUUUUUAAUCGAAUUUGUCUGCCUGUUUGAAGAAUUAACGUACGACACAGUUUCGCUAAUAAUAUGUGACAAUUUCACACAGUCAAUAUAGAAAUAUCUGUGGUAUCACUGCUUUAAAAUGAUUGGAAGCAACGGUCAUAAAACCAUGUUAAUAUUCUCUCCAUGUAACCCUUUUACUGUUGAUAUUUUUGUAGUUUAUCCCUUUACUUUGUGAUUGUUAGUUUUAUUUAUUUUUUGUUUUCCUGUCUUAGUUCCGUUUUGUAAUUAAAUUUUUACCAAGA